AGGCGGCGCGCCCCCUCUGCCGUCCGCCAUUUUGAAGGCAGCAAGGUGGCCUCCACGUUCCCCGAGCGGCUCCUGCGCCUCUGCCUCGCCCGCCCGUUGAUCGCGGACAUGUCUCGGGACCGGUUCCGGAGCCGCGGCGGCGGCGGCGGCGGGUUCCACCGACGAGGAGGGGGCGGCGGCGGCCGGGGCGGGGGCCUGAGCCACGAUUUCCGCUCCCCGCCGCCCGGCAUGGGCCUCAACCAGAACCGGGGCCCCCUGGGGCCGGUGUCGGGCCAGGCCGGGCCCAAGCCGCCCAUCCCGCCCACGCCGCCCACGCCGCAGCCUCAGCCGCAGCUGCAGUCGCCCGAGCCGGCGAAGCCCGCGGUCCCUCCGGGAGCCGGUCCCUCCCCGGCGGCCGGGACGGCGCCGCCCGCCGCGGGACCGGUGCCGCCCGCGGCCUCCGCGGCGGCCGGGGGUCCCGCGGCCGCGCAGGGCCCCAGCGCUACCGCCGCCGCCGCCCCGACAGGGGGGCCUCCGCCGCCCCCGCCGUCGUCGCCGCCGCCGCCGCUGCCGCUGCUGCAGCCGCCGCCCCCGUCGCCCCGCCCGGCGGCCCCCCCCCCUCCGCCCCCCGGGGUCCCGAAGCCCGGCCCGAGCCCCGGCGGGCCCAAGGCGGGGAAGAUGCCUGGCGGGCCGAAGCCCGGCGGUCCGGGCCUCACGUCUCCGGGCGGCCCCCCGAAGCCCCAGCACCGGGGCGGCGGCGGCGGGGGCCGGCAGCACCACCCGCCCUACCACCCGCAGCACCACCAGGGCCCGGCCCCCGGCGGCCUGGGGGGCCGCGGCGACGAAAAACUCUCCGACUCCGAGGGCUUUAAAGCCAACUUGUCUCUCUUGAGGCGGCCUGGUGAAAAAACUUACACCCAGCGAUGCCGGCUCUUUGUUGGGAACCUUCCCGCCGACAUUACCGAUGAAGACUUCAAAAGAUUGUUUGCAAAAUAUGGAGAGCCUGGAGAAGUCUUCAUUAAUAAGGGCAAAGGAUUUGGCUUCAUUAAACUGGAAUCUAGAGCAUUAGCUGAAAUUGCGAAGGCAGAGCUCGAUGAUACUCCAAUGAGAGGGCGGCAGCUUCGUGUUCGGUUUGCCACACACGCAGCUGCCUUAUCUGUGCGCAACCUCUCGCCCUACGUAUCCAAUGAAUUAUUGGAGGAAGCUUUUAGCCAGUUUGGGCCAAUCGAAAGAGCUGUUGUAAUCGUGGAUGAUCGUGGCAGAUCAACGGGAAGAGGCAUCGUUGAAUUUGCUUCAAAGCCAGCUGCGAGAAAAGCAUUUGAACGGUGUAGUGAAGGAGUUUUCUUGUUGACGACAACCCCUCGUCCAGUUAUUGUAGAACCCCUUGAACAAUUAGACGAUGAAGAUGGUCUUCCUGAAAAACUUGCCCAGAAGAAUCCUAUGUAUCAAAAGGAGCGGGAGAACCCUCCGCGCUUUGCUCAGCAUGGCACCUUUGAGUUUGAAUAUUCCCAGAGAUGGAAGUCAUUAGAUGAAAUGGAAAAGCAGCAAAGGGAUCAGGUGGAGAAAAACAUGAAAGAUGCCAAGGACAAACUCGAAAGUGAAAUGGAAGAUGCUUAUCAUGAGCAUCAAGCAAAUCUUCUGCGCCAAGAUCUUAUGAGGCGCCAGGAAGAACUCAGACGAAUGGAGGAACUUCAUAAUCAAGAAAUGCAGAAACGCAAAGAAAUGCAGCUGAGACAAGAGGAGGAGCGACGUAGAAGGGAAGAGGAGAUGAUGAUACGCCAACGUGAAAUGGAAGAACAGAUGAGGCGCCAAAGAGAAGAAAGUUACAGUCGGAUGGGCUAUAUGGAUCCAAGAGAAAGAGACAUGAGAAUGGGUGGCGGAGGAGCGAUGAACAUGGGAGAUCCCUAUGGUUCAGGAGGCCAGAAAUUCCCACCUUUGGGAGGUGGUGGCAUAGGCUAUGAAGCCAACCCUGGAGUUCCACCAACAGCCAUGACUGGUUCCAUGAUGGGAAGUGACAUGCGUACUGAGCGCUUUGGGCAGGGAGGUGCGGGACCCGUGGGUGGCCAGGGCCCUAGAGGAAUGGGGCCUGGAACUCCAGCAGGAUAUGGUAGAGGCAGAGAAGAAUAUGAAGGCCCAAGCAAAAAGCCCCGAUUUUAAGAUUCGCUCUCUAGGCUUCCAUUCCAGUUUGUUUUUGUCUCUUCUUGUUUAGACACCAACCUUUUUAAUUCUUGCAUUUUAGUAAGAAAGCUACAUUUUUAUGGAUGUUAGAAACUUCUUUGACCUAAUAUUUGUAAACGGUCUGUUUGGGCAAGUACAGUUAAUUAUGUAAUGCAGUGUUUCAAAAAAAAAAAAGAAAAGGAAUCCUAGCUCUUCUUUUGAUGUGUAACGUCCCCAACGUUAUGGCAGUGUACCAUGUGCCACUGAAUUCCCAAAGUGUACCAAUUUUUUUUUUACUGUGCUUCAAAUAAAUAGAAAAAGUAGCUGCCGUUUUUUUAA